UGACGUCAGAAAGGUCGUGGGUGAGAGGUGAUCUUGUUGUCUUUUGUAAGAGUGGAGCUCGAUCACGCAGCCGUGUCUUCCCUCUUCCCCGAAUCCUUUCAAAACUCCCUCCCGAACCUCCCGAACCUUCCCCUCUUACCCUCCGGACCCUCCACCCCUUCCCGGAGCGCGCAUCAGCAGGUUGAUCAUCUGUGACCAAAGAUCCAGAGCUCGACUCAUCGAUCAUCAUGGAUUCUGGUGUGAUUGAAGGAGGACUCAAUGUCACUCUCACUAUCAGACUUUUAAUGCAUGGCAAAGAAGUGGGCAGCAUCAUUGGAAAGAAAGGUGAAUCAGUGAAGAAGAUGCGAGAGGAGAGUGGUGCCCGUAUCAACAUUUCUGAAGGGAACUGCCCUGAACGCAUCAUCACCCUGGCUGGUCCCACAACGGCCAUCUUUAAAGCCUUCUCUAUGAUCAUCGAGAAACUGGAAGAGGACAUCAGCAGCUCUAUGUCCAACAGUACGGCCACAUCAAAGCCCCCGGUCACACUGCGGAUCGUAGUUCCGGCCAGUCAGUGUGGCUCCCUGAUUGGCAAGGGUGGCUGUAAGAUCAAAGAGAUCAGAGAGUCGACUGGAGCUCAGGUUCAGGUGGCUGGAGAUAUGCUCCCCAACUCCACCGAGAGAGCCAUCACUAUUGCUGGGACUCCAUUGUCCAUCAUCGAGUGUGUCAAACAGAUCUGUGUGGUUAUGCUGGAGUCUCCUCCUAAAGGUGUUACCAUCCCUUACCGGCCCAAACCCUCAGGAUCGCCUGUCAUCUUUGCAGGAGGACAGGCCUACGCGGUGCAGGGACAACAUGCCAUUCCUCAGCCUGAUCUCACUAAACUUCAUCAGUUGGCGAUGCAGCAGAGCCCGUUUCCUUUGGCUCCCAGUAGUCAAGGCUUUACUGCUGGUAUGGAUGCUACUGCACAGACAGGCUCUCAUGAACUGACCAUUCCAAAUGAUUUGAUCGGCUGCAUCAUUGGCCGCCAAGGCGCAAAGAUCAAUGAGAUCCGUCAGAUGUCUGGGGCUCAAAUCAAGAUUGCCAACCCGGUGGAAGGUUCGACUGACCGGCAGGUGACCAUCACUGGUUCACCUGCUAGUAUCAGUUUGGCAGAGUACCUAAUCAAUGCACGACUGUCAUCUGAGGCGACGGGACUGGCCACUAACUGAUUCUCCCUGCCCUCCCCACUGCCCAUUUUCCUCCUCCAUCAUCAUCAUCAUCACCACCUUCAUCACACAUGUACACUCUCUUAAGUGCAAAAAGAAACCCAAGUAUUCUCAGCCUAUCCUUUCCUUUCACCCAUCCAAGCUAUGCUUCAUGGAUAUACACAAGUAUUUUAUUUAUUUAUUUCAUGGAAAUGUUUUUAAAAUCCCUUUGCGUAGAGUUUUUAAUGUCUUUUUUCUUUGAUGCAUAUUCUGUCAGUUAACAUUAUUGUAAGAAAGUGACAGUGGAGAUAGUGGAAAAAUCUGAAAAGACAGGUGUUUUUAUGUCAGAUUUUUCUUAUAAAAACUGAAACAAAAAACAAUAAUAAAAAAGAGCAACUAAAACUAUGAUAGAUCGACCGCUUUCCCUGUAUCAAACAUUUAUUUAUUUUAAUUUAACUCUGGGAAAUUACAAAUAUUUUAAAAUCUGAGAAUUGAGCUUUAGACGUUGAGCUCAGGUGAAUCAGAUCAGUUUGAAUCUAUAAGAUGAUUCACAUUAUCUAAAGAAUCAGUUUUUUUUUUGGUCUUUGAAUCUUUGUCAUUCCUCUUUUUUUAUCCUGAAGUUGGAGAUUUUGAUUGAGGGAGGGAUGAGAGAUGAGUAUCGCUGUAGUUUCUGCAGAAAUGACAUUACUGAUACGAGUUGAAAAUAUUUGUUUUAGAGAGAAUAUUUUUUUUAACUUUUUGGUGUGAAGCCCAGACUGGAGGAGUCCAAGUCGACUGAGUUACUGAUCAAUUAAAAGACUAGAAGGAACUUUCUAGAAUUAACACUAGUUUCCUGUCUACUCUGCUUGAGUAAUAGUUUUGUUUUGUAUUAUUAUUAUAUUAUUAUUAUUAUUAUUAUUAUUUUUCUUGCAGGAGGAAGGAAAACAUAAAAAAAUUUUGUGCACGUUUUCAGAAUAUUGUAGAUUUGGAGUGCAACAGGAAUGAAGAAUUAAACAUGCAAAAUUAAAACAUGAAAUGCUGAAACUAUGAAAUGAAA